GCGCGGGGACGCGAGGGCGAGGCGGCCACGCGGGCCCGGGAAUGCCCGCAGCGCGGGGCCCCAGAGCCACCCGGUGGCUGCGUCCGGGAGAUGGCUCUCAGCCUGGUCGCCGACUUCGAGCUCGGGAAGGACGUGCUCCCGUGGCUGCGGGCGCAGAGGGCGGCGUCCGAGGCCCGCGGGGCCGGAAGCGGCGGUGCAGAUGUUUUAGAAAACGAUUAUGAGAGCUUACGUGUAUUAAACAUUGAAAGAAAUGGAAAUAUCAUAUAUACCUAUAAGGAUGAUAAGGGAAAUGUCGUCUUUGGAUUAUACGAUUGCCAAACCAGACAAAAUGAGCUUCUGUAUGCCUUUGAGAAAGACUUGGAAGUUUUCAGUUGCUCUGUCAACAGUGAAAGAACUUUGCUUGCUGCAAGUUUAAUUCAGUCUACUAAAGAAGGAAAAAGGAAUGAACUUCAACCAGGAUCAAAGUGCUUAACUUUGUUGGUUGAAAUCCACCCUGUUAACAACGUGAAGGUUCUGAAAGCUGUGGAUAGCUAUAUUUGGGUUCAGUUUCUGUACCCACAUGUUGAAAGUCAUCCUCUUCCAGAGAACCAUCUGUUACUGAUUUCAGAAGAGAAAUAUAUUGAAAAAUUUCGUGUCCAUGUCGCCCAAGAAGAUGGAAAUAGAGUGGUGAUUAAAAAUUCUGGCCAUCUCCCAAGAGACAGAAUAGCCGAGGAUUUCGUUUGGGCUCAGUGGGAUAUGUCAGAACAGAGAUUAUACUACAUUGACCUGAAGAAAUCAAAGAGUAUCUUAAAAUGUAUCCAGUUUUAUGCUGAUGAGAGCUACAACUUAAUGUUUGAAGUACCCUUGGACAUAUCAUUAAGCAACUCAGGAUUUAAACUUGUCAACUUUGGUUGUGAUUAUCAUCAAGACCGAGAGAAAUUAUCCAAACACCUAAGUCUGUGUGUUUUUACCAACCAUACAGGAAGUUUGUGUGUAUGUUACAGCCCGAAGUGUGCUGCUUGGGAACAAAUCACGUAUUCAGUGUUUUACAUUCACAAAGGACAUAGCAAGACCUUCACCACUUCUCUCAAGAAUGUUGACUCACACAUGACAAAGGGCAUUACUUUUCUCAACCUUGACUAUUAUGUGGCUGUUUACUUACCUGGUCAUUUCUUCCACCUACUUAAUGUUCAACAUUCAGACCUGAUCUGCCACAAUCUCUUUCUGACAGGAAAUAAUGAAAUGAUUGAUAUGCUACCUCACAGCCCUUUACAGUCACUGUCAGGGUCCCUGGUACUGGAUUGUUGUUCUGGAAAGCUGUAUAGAGCAAUGCUCAGCCAGUCGUCUUUAUUACGGCUCCUGCAGAACACCCGCUUAGACUGUGAGAAGAUGGCCACAUUGCACUGUGCGCUCUCCUGUGGUCAAGGCGCGCAGUUCCUGGAAGGCCAGUGGAGGCAGAGAGCAGAUUUAAAUACCAACAGAGUUCUGUCUGACUUUUUAAAGAUUAUUCAAUGGAUUUCUGAGAAUGUCUCUGCCUGCCAUUCAUUUGACCUCAUUCAGGAAUUUAUAAUUGCUUCUUCAUAUUGGAGUGUAUAUUCAGAGAUAAGUAACGUGGACAAACUAUUGCCACAUUCCUCAGUGCUCACCUGGAAUACAGAAAUUCCUGGAAUAACUCUUGUAACAGAAGACACUGCAUUGCCUCUUAUGAAGGUGCACAGCUUUAAGGGCUACUGGGAAAAAUUGAACUCCAACCUGGAAUAUGUCAAGUACGCCAAGCCACACUUCCACUAUAACAACAGUGUGGUCAGGAGAGAGUGGCAAAACCUGAUCUCUGAAGAGAAAACAGGAAAAAGAAGGUCCACGGCAUAUGUGAGGAAUAUUCUUGAUAAUGCGAUAAAGGUGAUUUCUAACCUAGAAGCAAGAAAUUUGGAGCCAAGAUUGACGCCCCUCCUGCAGGAGGAGGACAGCCACCAGCGGCUGCUUAUGGGGCUGAUGGUGUCUGAGCUAAAAGACCAUUUUUUGAGACACCUACAGGGUGUAGAAAAGAAGAAAAUUGAACAGAUGGUUUUGGACUACAUUUCAAAACUGCUGGAUCUCAUUUGCCACAUCCUAGAAGCCAGUUGGAGGAAACAUAAUCUUCAUUCCUGGGUUCUCCACUUCAAUAGUCGUGGCAGUGCUGCUGAAUUUGCAGUUUUUCAUAUCAUGACCAGAAUUUUGGAAGCUACAAACAGUUUGUUUUUACCUCUGCCUCCUGGUUUUCAUACUCUGCACACCAUCCUCGGGGUCCACUGUCUCCCUUUGCACAACCUGCUGCAUUGCAUUGACAGUGGAGUGUUGCUUCUCACUGAAACAGCGGUCACAAGGCUCAUGAAAGAUCUGGACAAUACAGAGAAAAAUGAAAAAUUGAAAUUCAGUAUCAUUGUGCGGCUUCCUCCGCUUAUUGGUCAGAAGAUCUGUAGACUUUGGGAUCAUCCUAUGAGUUCUAACAUCAUUUCACGGAACCAUGUGAUGCGACUGCUUCAGAACUAUAAGAAACAGCCUCGGAAUUCUAUGAUUGACAAGUCAUCGUUCAGUUUAGAAUUUCUGCCUCUCAACUACUUCAUUGAAAUUCUAACAGAUAUAGAGUCCACCAAUCAAGCCCUGUAUCCUGUUGAACGACAUGACAAUGUGGAUGCAGAAUUUGUAGAGGAAGCAGCUCUGAAACACACCACAAUGCUUUUAGGCUUAUGAAAAAGAAAACGCAAUUGGAUCUGCUGCUGCUAUUUAAUCUUGCUCAUUAACCUUACUCCUGUAGAGAAUUCUUUAGCAAUAUUUAAAAUUGGUAACAAAACAAGAAAUUAUUUAGCCAUCUGAUUUUCAGUUUGGUACUUGUUGAGACAGAACUGUAACUGCUGUACCACAUUCCAAUUUUGAAUAGCCAUUGAGCAAUCAAGUGUAGAGAAAUGAUAAAUGGCCUAAGCAGGCAUACCGUGGCAUCAAUGAUGCUCUUCCUAGUAGCUUAAGAGGCUACAAGCUAGUUUCUGUUGCACUCUGAAAUAAAAUACGCUUUAAAAAAAGCUAGAUGUGUCAUUGAAAUAAGCAGAAAAAUUAAAUGUUGCGUAAGAACACUAUUUGGAAAGAGGUUCCUUUUAAUAACUGAAUUUGUACUAAAUUUGCCAUGUCCAGCACAGAAUAAUUUGUACGUAGUAUUUACAGCAGGAUUUGUCUUUGUGUAUUCAGAUGAAAUGUAUUUAAUUUUUUUAUAUUUAUAAAAGUUUGAUUUAUGAAUAUUUUGUCAUUAAAAAACCUGAAAACAAA